AUGGAUUUCCACAUUCGGGCACUCUAUGGAGGGGGUGACCUCCUUUGUGACGGUCUUGGGGCUUCAUCGGGCCCCCAUCGCAGCGUGAGCCCGAAAUACAGGGAAGCCUCCGAGCCCUGCAACCGCGAUAAACUGGAAACGCAACGCUCUUCGGCAUCUCAGCCGAUCGAGGCCUGCGUGCCCCGUAUCCUGUUCUUUGGUGGAGAUGUCGUAUCCUUGGCCUCUCUGAAAGCGCUGCACACGCGAAUGCGGCGCAUUCUCUGCCACAUCGUCCAUUCCAUCCCCCCCCACACGCCUUGUGGGGGGGAUCCCAACGCGCGCGUUGAGGCUCUUGUGCGAGACCGUCUGACGGUAGUUUGCCCUUCCCUGCCCGAUGGGCUCUCCCCUCAACAAGCCGCGGAGGGCUACUCCCGGCAGUUCCCCAUUGCGCGAUACGGCGCGGUGGAGGGGCUUCGCGUGAUCCCGGUCGACCACCCCCACUCCCUCGCGAAGAGCCGUCUGCUGCGGGAGAUGCUGGAGGAUGCCUCCAAUCUCGCGAAGGACGAUGGCGCCUCGACGAUGAGGUCGGAAACCGAUGACACCUCUCCUCUGGGAUGGACAUGGGGCACUGCCGGGCGUCCUUUGCAGGACUUUGAUCUCGCCAUUGUUGUUUCGUUUCGGUAUUUUCUGCCGGAAAGACUCCUACAUCGGUUACCGUGGACGAUUAAUAUGCAUCCCUCCCUACUCCCGCGUUACCGCGGCGCGAGCCCAGUUUUCUCAACGCUCAUGCGAAACGAGACGGAGGGGGGCGCAAGCGUCAUUCGUCUACCCCCUGGAAAGAUUGCGAUGGACUCUGGUGACAUCCUUUGGCAGCGUCGCUUGCCUAUUCCGUGUGAGAUGGAUAUUCGUGGUUAUUUACCACUGGUGAUUGAACUAGGGGCUGCGGGGCUAUGCGAGGUGGUUUUCGGCGCGCCGAGCAGCCCUUUCGUUUCCUCGUCCUCGACGCACCUUUCAUCUGCGAUCACACCAAACGCCAUGGGCGAUUUCCACACAUCCGUGGACGCCCCUUUCUGUGAUUGGCCGCGGGGGUUUUCCUCCCGUCUGGAACGCGCCUCCCCGCAGAUCUACACGUCCUACGCCCACUUCACCAUGGACCCUUUUCACGCCCCGCUGCUGCCUCGAAAUGCGGCAAGAUUGAGGUUCGAUUCCAUGUCCGGGAUGGAGGCCUUUGGGGUGUGGCGUGCUUUCGUGGGUGGGGGGUACUUCAACUCUUGCGUUAACGCAAUCCUGGAUAAGACCCGCACCCCUGUUCGAGAUCGGCUGCUUCAAUGCGCGCUUCGUCGUUUUGAAAGGAAGGGUCGGCGGAAACAACGCCGAAGCGAUCUAGGGCUUCCUUUGAUUGACAGUCCCGCAGCUGUGCAGUCCCCAGGCGAUGACGAAUUGUUGAAGGGGAAUGGGAAUAGCCUGGACCAGGGCAGCUGCGGGGUGGAUGGGUCCUCCCUGAAGACGUUACUUGACCGUGCCAUGGAGGAGUUACGCCUGGGCUGCACCUUUACGAUGGCGUUGAACCCUGUUUUGGUUCCGAGCUGCGUGCUUGAAGAGCUGAGCGCGAUGGAGACUAGUGUCCAUCCACGUUUCCAUCAGCCAUCGGCACCGCUUGAUUCGGACGAGGGCGCAUACUCUGCCGAUAAAUAUUGUUCCUCUGUGAAAAGCAAUGAUGGGAAUACAAUCAAGCAAUUAAUGGAAACAGAAAGGAAGCAUACAGAUGCUUAUUUGCCACUUAUUCAAUCUCGUCGAGGCAAACCCUAUACUAAGGAGGGUGACGAAUCUUGCCCUGGUAGUGCUUCUGCACUGAAUUCUCAAGUACACGACAUACCACCUGGGAGUGCUUACUUUCCAAAGUGCGCUGAGGAAAUUGGCGCCAUCAAGUGCCGUCAUGCGUGGUUUUUUUGGAAGCAAGCGCAUCUUAGGCUUGCCCCACGACCACAGACAGCAGACUUGCUUCGAAAAGGCUUAGGUAUGACGACAGGGGUAGUGUAUGUUGGGCUUUUUUCAGAGUACAGUUGA